ACAAAUUCCUAUAGGACCACUACAGUGGACGGGAGUAUUACGCAAUAACCCAGCAAGCAGCCCCUUGGCAAAGCACGUGACGCCCUCAGCGCGCAAACACUCCGCAAGUUCGUCGCUCUCCCGUCUCGCCGAUGAAGCCAGCGGUCAGCCGCGUUCACAUCAGCUCACUGGCCGUUGCACGAACCGUAAAGCGUGCAAGUUUGUUUGUUUAUCUUUAUCAGCGCCGCGGGGGUCAGUGAGUGGUCCAGAGCCGCCGCCCCCCCCUCCCCAUCAGUCCAGCGUGUAUGUGGGUACACAGUGUUCGCCCGCGCCUCUCUGAUGUAAAACAACUGCGCAAGAGCCGGAGAGCAGGAGGGAGGUGGAGGUGGAGGUGGUGGGCUGGGGGGGCAGGAGAGCCGAAAGGGGGAACUUGAGUGUCGUACCGCCGUUGCACCACGUUCAUCCUCGCGGGUCCAUCAGUCGGCGGACCCGCCACAUCCCUCCGCUCGCUGCGCUCAGCCAAGACGCCCGGGCGACUCCUUCUGUUGUGGUGUCCGUCCUCCUUCCUUCGUCUUCGGCUUGCUCUUCUUCGUCUUCGCCGCUUGGGUGAGUCCGUCCUCAUCAGCCUGCGUGGGAAUCACUGCUGUCGGUCUUACCAGCGCUGUUGUUUGUCGCCGAGCCCGCUCGGAUCUUCGGAGUGGAGCUUCAAUAACAACUGAUGUAAUUCGAGACUGAGCGCUCGGGCCUUCGGGGGUCAAGGAUAUAAUGAGAGAAGACAGCACGGAAUUGAAGACAUUUUCAAACUUCAGUGUUGAACAUCUCUUUAGUAAGCAUUCCUCUGAACACCUGGCACUAUCAUCAUAAACCCCUAAUAGAAAAGGAGUUGCCUUAGACUCCCUAUCUGACUCUGCAGUGAAAGCCCAAAUGGAUAAGAAAAGGAAGACCGAUUCACCGACACCAACACCAGAGAGAGGAGGAGAGCAUGAAAGGAAAAAAAUGAGGGCCAAGGCAGAAGAAGCCUCCUCUAUAGAACCCGAAGGCCAAGAUAAAGCACUGCAAGAUCUCACAGGUAAAGAGCAUGACAGUUCAGAAGCUAAUGUGAAAGUCAAGAUGGGACUUGGCGCAAAACGAACCAAGAAACCUCCAAAGAGCCUUGAGAACUUUAUCUGCCGCCCCACUAUUCGUGUAUCUCAAAGGCCUGCACCUGCAGUAGGGGAUGGUGCAAGGGCUAAAAGCAAGAGUUCUAAUCAACUGCAUCAACCUGUCCAGAAGAAAUGCAACGGCAACUCCCGAGCAUCAAAGACAAGUUCGUCUACAAGUACAGAUCAGAAUCAAUCAACGCAGUCUCUCUCAGCUCUCACGACUUCUAAAAAGGGGUCUCCAGCCUCAGAUUCUCCAAAUACUACAGCAGCUAAAAAGAUUGUCCCAAAACAGACUAGACAGAAGACAGAUUUGCAGCAAGAACUAACACUAGAGGAACCUCCCAAUGAAGCUCAACCACAGUCAUCAAGCCAACUGUCCAUUGGUCACAGGAUAACUCCAACUACUCCCACAAAGCAGACAUCCUCCCACAUGCCUGCUGCUUCUUCUCCAACCCCAAUGCAACAAGACUCCAGUCCACAAGAGGGCAUCAGAUUUCUUAAUGAGAACGUGAUGGAGCAUGGUCAAGCCCUUCCAGACUCCAGUCGUGGAAGUCCAAAUGGAACCAAGGGAAGAUCAUCAUACAAAAAACACUCAGUGCCCCCUGAACAAACAUCCAGUUUUCCAAAGAAAGAUUCAAAACACACUGAAAAUGAUUCAGAAACAUUUUGGAGUGUGAAUGUGAACAGAAAGGAAAGUAAAGGUUGUGGGGAAGAUUCAGGUUCUGACAACAGCGAUUCGAGACCAGUAACUGGUGAAAGGAACCCACAUCAAAAUGACUCUAUGCAAAAGCCAAGUCCUUGUGCAAAUGACCAGGCACAAAAUGUCCCUUCCGUCCAAAUAGCUGGUUUCUCGUCCUUGAAUAAGCUUCCUGACAACACAUCAGACACAUCAGAGAGCAGUAGAGGGAGCAAGGGACAGAAUGAAAAUGAAGACCUAAAUAGGACUUUGGAAAUGACAGUGAAAUCAUCCAAAGCAAUUCCUGUUCUUGAGCAACAAAAUGUUGUCAGCACAGAAGGAUCCCCUGACAGUGAACAUGGAAAGAGAAAUAAGCGUUGUCCAAAUCAAGAGCAAAUGAAAUCACAUUGUUCGUCAGAUAUUAACAGCUCUGUAGAUUCUAUAUUAAAGCCUCAAGCACUUUCUAUUCCAGCUAAACCCUCAAUAAAUGUCUCUCCUUCACACAUUAAGAAAGACAAAAAAUCCUCAAAGAAACAAAAAUCUAGACACCUUCAUUAUAAUAAGACUGCAAAGAUGAGUGAUGACAACCAUGGUCCUGUUGCUUGUACAACAGAACUACAGCGUAGUUCAGAAAAUGAUACUCCAAAGGCACUAUCCUCACUUCAGGGUGAACAAAAGACAGUUGAACAACCUCCAAGCUCAGAACAAUCUGAAAAUACAACUCACUCAGAAAUCCAAUCUCCUAAAAUACCCCAGGCUAGAAAAAGGGGUCGUCCCAAAGCAAAGAAGUUGGAAGUACCUUUACAGGGGAACAACUUGCAGCCAUUAUUCAGUAAUUCUCUAAACAUUCAAGGCCUAGAUCCAGUUCUUGUCCAACAGCCAAGGUCUACUCCAGUUAGAAAACGAGGACGUCCUAGACGAUCCUUCUCUAUCGAAGUUCAGUCAACUCAGCUGGCGAAAAUCUCUAAGAGACAAGACGCAGGAGAUCAGCAUGUGACCUUUGAAGACAAAGUGAAAGAGUCUCAACAAAAGUGCAACAGAAGCAGUAGAGUAAUAAUGAAGACAAUCAUUCGAAAAAUAAAUAAGAUGAAAGUGAAGAGGAGAGAUCAAGUUCUCACGCAAAUUCUGCUGGGACAGAAGCAGCGCAACGGUACAGAAUUUCCUCAGGAAGGCAGUGGAGUGGAGAUGUGCAGUCCACCUCCCCCUGCCACACACUCCUUAUCUUCCCUUGUAACAUCUUUUGGAGGCAAACUUGGUCCCCAAAUUAACGUCAGCAAAAGAGGAACCAUUUACAUGGGAAAGAGGAGAGGCCGCAAACCAAAAUGUGAAAGAAACCCCACACAGAUUCCCUCCCCAAAUUCUCAACAGAUGUCUGCAGACACUGCACAAUUUAACUCAUCCAUCAUGCACCAGUCAUUGGAUUCCCAAACUAGUCCUAGUAGCCUAAAAAAGAAUGCAUCAGCGUCACCUGGCCGGAGUUCCCAGAUGAGCAUUAACACCCAGAAAGUCAAGGCAACUUCUUUUAUGCAACUCAGUGAACUACAAAAUUCCAAGGUUCGUUCUGAAACAACGUUCACUUCCAACAUUGGUGUGGGAGUUAAUGAUAACAGCAUGUUAGAUAGAGCUGAUAGGGAAACAAAUGGUAAGUUGGCUGCAAGUACUGGAUUUGCAUCAACAUUGGCCACGGGAUCUGUAUUCACGAUGUCUGGUCUUCAAGGGAAUAAUUCUGUUAAAGGGAAAGCAAAGGCUUUUUCUUCCUUUCCUUCAGACCACCUCUCCUCUGCCCAUUUGCCUUUAGGCUCUGGUCGGACCCAAGAUUCCAAUGGGACACAUAUUGCCAAUCCUCUGUUGUCUUUCGCAAACCAAGAGCCGCACAAGUUUAAGUGCCAUAGAAGGGGGCAUCACUGCCUAAGUCGUGACAAGUUUAGAAGGCAUAAGUAUAAAUGCAAGAAGAAGUAUAUGCAACUCAGGGCCAAAAGGCAAGACCCAGAAUUUCUUGCUGAGGUUGAAGACUUAGUUGUCAGACUUAGGGAAAUCCAUAUUGUGCAUCACAUGACUCGAACAAGGCUUGAAGAUGAUGGUACCAGUGUUGGAAGAAAGAGCGUCAAAUGCAAAAGCCAAUCUCAUGAUCUCAAGUGCCUACAAGAAGACGUACACACCCCGGCCAUGUUUCAGAUCAACUUCAGUGGAUACUACUCACCACAUUCUGCCUUAUCCUGUGACCCCCUUCAUUAUGUUAGAAUGGCAAACAUGAGGAGGAAGCACAGCUGCUCUUCUGAGCCAAAUGAACAAAUUGUUACACACUUCCCUGUGAUGCACAAGGUUGGGUACCCAGUCUCAAGUGGUGGGUAUUUCCACCCAUCCUACAAAGUACCAUUCACAACCACCUCACUUGGUUUUGGACUCUAUCGAGGAUACCCAUCUACUGCACCAUUAUAUCCAUCCUCUUUUCCAUCGUCAUAUGUGCACCACUACUCUAAAAACCCCAUUAUAAGCCCAUCUAAGUUCCACAAGAAGAAGACCAAGGUCCCAAAGCAAGAUUCUGGGGGACUUUGGGGAGGAAAGUCGCCUGGGACAUAUCCCAGGAUGACCUCUAACUUUUCCUGUGACUGCUUCAAUCGACAGUGUUGGCAAAGGGAGAAACAGAGAGAGAAGAGCAGAGAAGGAAGGGAUGAACAUGGCCGAAUGAGAGAAAGAGAGCAGGAUAUUGAGUGGCUUCUUUGGCAAAAUAAGCUCUCAAAAGACAAUGAAAAUUCAAGGGGCCACCCUUCAUCCUUCUCAGUGUUCUCAAAUACACAAAAUAAAGACAGGACUUUUCCAAACUUGGGAGAAGUAAGGUGGUCAGAGCAUCAGCCACCUUGGCAAUGUAUGAGGGGUUUUGAUUCGAAGCUUGGCAACAGAAAUCUAAACAAAGAAUUCAAUCCGAGGGACCAUGAGGACACUGUGGAAGGUGAGGUGGAACUGACAACGUCUCAGCAGUCAAGUAGUAGGAGAGCGCACUCUUUUCUGAAACAGCCUAAACUUCUCACCAAUACACAAAGUAGAAGGAUCAGGAAGGGAAGUGGAGUGACCAGUGCCUCAGCAGGAUUGAUGGAACAAGACGGGACAUUGGUGCAGGAUUUCUCCUCUUUAGGAGACAAAAGAGCAGGUUAUGUCCAGGCUGGUAGUCUACACUUUCCUGGAAAGCAUCUGUGCAGUAACUCUCCAUCUGCCAGAGAACCAGAGAACAUCCACAGAGACCCAAAGGGACAUAAAGCCAGGAGGAGGCCUGUAAUUCAGGAUGAGUGUGAUCAGGCAUGCGACCGAACAACAGCUCCUUUUAUGCGAGAACAAUUCAAGCUUCAUUCUAAACAGCCCAGAAACGCAGCAUCUACAAGAGCUCAGCCAGCACAGAAUUUCAGAUCAUUUAACAACCCUCGGGGGCUGGAGAUCACAGCUGGAAAUGAGGUGAAGAAAAGAGGACCAGGACGGCCGAGGAAGAACCCACCACCUUCACCAUACAAAACAGGCUCCUCUCCUCCGUCUUUACCCUCUGCACCACGGUCACCUCCGUCGCUCCCUGAGGAGAAGAAGAAUUCGGAAAAAGGAGAAAUCAGCAAUCGACAGGAUGACACGGUGUUAGAAGUGAUCGAGGCUGUGAUUCAUGGAGAGCAGAGAAAAAGAGGAAGAAAGAGAAAAAAUGCUGAAGGAGAAAAAGACGAGGGUCAGAAACGAGGGAACGAAGAGGAAGAAGUCACCGAGACUCCCUCAGACCUCCUCUCUUCCUCCACACCCAUCGCGCCAUCACCUGAGCAGUCUGUGGCUGAGGAUGCAGAUGAAGAUGCAGACAGCCAAUCAGAGCAGAUUUCUGCCUCACUUCCCAAAAAGAAGUAUUUGUGGGCGGGGCUUUACUCAGACGUCUAUAAAAGUGAAGAGGUUCAGGAGCCGGAGGAGCCGAUGGAGCCGAGCUCUGACUGUCUGGAUUAUAAUCCGGAGGAGCAUGAACACGGCCUCCUGCCUGCACCUGCACACGUGGGAAAAUACCUGAGGUUGAAGCGGAUCGACUUUCAGCUGCCCUACGAUGUCCACUGGCUCUGUGUGCGCAAGAAGUUGUUUGAAAUGCCUGACAGCCCAUCAUCAAAAGCAAGUGGCAGUUCCUGUAGAGUCCCUGGCGAGAGGACCCCUCAGCGCUGUGAUGACGACUUUCCCGACAGCAGGUCCAUAGACAGCGAUGACCAGACAGAUGUUCUAGAGCUGCUGCAGGAGGAGAUCCAGCCGAGCCAUCAGCUUCUCCAGCAUCAGGAGGGAAGCCAUGACGAUGAGAAUUUCCCCUCGCCGCUGUCCAGCGAGGAGAGGACUUUUGUGAUUAAACAUGGCGUCUUCCUGGUGCGAAACUACGAGAAGAUGAGGGCGAGGCAGGCUCUGCUGCUGCUGAGAGAGGAAGUGAGAGAGCAAGAGAAGGAGGAGAAAGGCAGUGGCCAGAGCGAGGAUGGAGGGGAUGGAGAAGAGACCUCCGUCCAGCCAGGUCCAGGAGUGUGCCUGAGUGAGCAGAGGAGUGAAGAAUGCCCUGAAAAAGAGGAGCAGCACGGACCCCAGAGCAGAGACCUCUCCGACACACUGCAGAAGAUCUGGGACAGCAUCGUUAGCUGCAAAGGAUCAUCUGGACAAACGCUCACGGCUCCUCUGCUGAACCUGUGCUCCAGAAAGAGGUCAGACUCUGCUCUUCUGGACCUCAGCAUGGUUCAGAAGCAGCUCCGCUCAGGCCACUACGACAGUCUGGAAGCUUUUCACACAGACAUGCUCAGAGUUUUCCACUGCGCAGAGAAGUACUACGGCUGCGAGUCCUCGGUGGGCCGCGACGUGAGCCAGCUGAGGGUUUUAUACCACAAAGCUCACCAGGAAGCUUCCGCCCAGGUCAGCGACGUCCUGUAAGGGAUAUGAAGCCCCGCCCACGUCCCAGGGCAGGGUGUGGUUGUGACCAUGGUAACCGUCCCACAGGCAUGAUGGGCAGGACAAUGCCCCUCCCAGACCAAAGACCUCACAUGUGGUGCACCUUCGUAGGCAUUGCACAGAGCCCCCUGCUGGAUGGAAUGCUUGCUGGGAAACACAGAUAUCUAUGCUGACUGAAAGCUCAUCCGUACUUCUUUGAGAAGAGUGGACGCCAAACAGAGGAGCAAAGAGCUGUUAAUGACAAAAAGACGGACUCUCGUUUCAUUUCUCUCUCUCUUUCAUAUGCACUUCACUCCAUCGUCACAAGAUGUAAUGAAAACACAGAUCAGCAUGGAACACAUGAUAGUCCUGUGAACUGUUACUUAGUGAGCUAAACUUACCAUGAAAAACAUCAACGAUAUAAAUAUAUUUUACAUAUGCAUAUACUAUUAUUUCUAAUUUGUCUUAUGUUGUAUACUGUAUUAUUUUUAAUUUGUCUUAUAUACUGUAUUAUUUCUAAUUUGGCCUAUAUUAUAUACUGUAUUAUUUCUAAUUUGGCCUAUAUUAUAUACUGUAUUAUUUCCAAUUUGUCCUGUAUUAUAUACUGUAUUAUUUUUAAUUUUGUCAUCUAUUAUGUACAUGCAUUAUUUGUAAUAUGUCUUGCCAAUGACUGCACAGUAGUAUCAAUAACAUAAUUUAAUGUGAGAUGUGCCUAGAAUAUGAAAGCAAUAAGCUACUGUGUUUCAUUAUCACUGUUGUGCUUUUUUAUCUCUCUGGACGUUUCCUCUUUAUAAAGGCUAUGAGAUAUUAAUAUGAGAUAUUAAUUUUAUUAGCUCGAACUUGUUAACAUGAAGUGCGCCUUUGGCUAGUCUACAGUGGAGCUAAUCGAGACCUUUUUGUUGAACGUUGUAAUGUUUUUAGCAUUAGCGCCGCAAUAAAUGGCCCGUUUAUUUCUGC